GUUCGCGGUGAUGGACGGUGCUUUUGAUGUCACGUGACAGACUAGGAACGGCCGUAGAAUUGUCAAUUGCACGUGUUAUUUUCGCGGUGCAUGGGAAGUGUACAGUUAUGUGAUCUCAGAUCAGAUGCUGUCGUGAUCGAGAGCCAAAGAAAAUGAGAACCAAACGUACGGAAGCCGAUAUGGAUGAAUUUUUACUGAAGCUAGGCUUAUGGCGAAAGCCGAUAGCAAGAGACGGGUAUUCCCUGUUCAGAGCGGUAUCCGAACAGAUUUACCUGACCCAAGCACAUUAUAAAGAAAUCUGUGAUGCCAGUAAGAGUGUUUUUACAAGGAUAUUCAGUCAAGAAGACUAUUACUGGAAUGAACAUGAUGUAAUGCAGACGCUCUCCCACAUGUACAGGAUAGACUUCAUUGUGUAUGAGGUAAUAGGGAAACCCCCUGUUGAUCUAACGGGCAAUGGAUUUUCCAGAAAGAUUGUUCUUUGUCGUCUCAAUAGUAAUCAGCUGGACUGUGUCUACACGAAAUCAUACCAUGAAGAACUUGCUAUUUGUCAGUCAAUUGUUUACGAACUUUUGUACAGGAACGUAUUCCAUCUUCACACAGAGCUUGAAGAGGCUGUUCAAAUCAUUCGUGAACAGAACAAAAACAAAAACAGGAAUGGUGUUUUCCCUGUUGUUGAUGCUGAAUCCAGUCCAGACUCCAGCAACAGCGGCGAGGACUCUUUCUCCAGGCAUGAGAAGUUUGUUGGCAGAAGAGUGACUCCCCCUGUGCCGUACAGAAUUGCCAAGGCCUUGGACCCUGUUAUUUAUAGAAAUACAGAACUCGAUAUUUGGGAGGAAGAUCAAAGAGAAGCAAUUCACCGGGAGCGCUACAAAUCUGUGACUUUUGCUGCUGGAGACAAGUGUCAGGUAUUGUCCACGGAUGGCCCACUCUAUCAUGGUCAUAUACAACAGAUAGGUCCAGACGAGUCAGACCCAGCUGUAGUCUACAUAGAGGAACUCGGACAGAAACAAGAAGUCAGUAGAGAUCGACUGAGGCCUGCAAAAGUCUCAGGAAGAUCAGAGUGGUUUCUGAAGCAGUUGAGGAGAAAACGAUUACAAGAGAUGACUGUAACCCAGGAGAGAAUACCCCCAAUGAUGCCUCAGAGUCUUCCGCCACCCCCCAUACAAAUCAUUCCCCCUACAUCUCUCUCUCAAGAAGUAAUGAAUGGUGGAGUUAUUAUUCCAAAAUGGCAGAUUCUAGGAUCCAGUCCAAGUCCUGUUGGUCCAAAUAAACUAGAGUCUCCCUGCACAUUUCCACAACUCCCUCAGCCAGAGAUGACCAUGAUCCCCAUGUCCCAGGUUCAGGUUCCAAGGAUAUGGGUGCCUUACAUGGACAGUAUUGCACUGUCUAACGUAGACGUCAAUAUCAUGCCCUCCCAGGACCCCAUGGGUCAUGACCUACCGCUGAAUGACAUGAAUACUUUGAGGUUUUUCUUCAAUGUUGGUGUUGCUCAUUAUGGGAUUGUGAGUCAGCAGGCCCUGGCCAAUGGAGCAGCUUCACAGGGAAACAUCCAGCCUAUUGUUUAUUGCCACGCAAAGCCGGCUACGAGUCUGGAGCCUGUUCAUGGACUCGCUCAAAUUGGUAAUUCUGCCUCCCCCCUUCAGUCCCCUCCCCCAACGACGUCCAAGUCUGACGACGAGAGUAGCAAUCUGUCGAAUGACAGUGGAUGUGAUGCUGAUGACAUGGCUCCUGGGCAGCUUCCCUUGGUGAGGGACGGAGACAGGCAAAGUGUUGCCAGGGUCAAAGACAACUCUCAAGAGAGUGAGCUCAUGGACAGUAAUGUGGCCCCAAGACAGAGCUGUGACACAGAGAGUCACUGUUCAGACAUGUCCCUUACUGACACUUGUGAGAGCAGUAUCGCUGUGGAAACCCAGGAACAGGGUGGGGCUAGACAGUACAAACCGCGCAGAAAGUAUUACAUGUAUGGCAAUCUCAAACUCGUUAAGCCCAUUAAAGAUGUACCGAAGCGAUUCAUGGAUCUUCUGAAAUCCAUGAAUGCAGAGAAGUCACGUGUUGAGGGAGAGCCAAUCAUAUUGGCUGUCCCACAACAUCACUUCAAGGUCAGCAAAGUCUCCAACAGUCAGUUCAAUCCUAAUGCCCCGACCUUUGUUCCUGGUUCCCAUGGUGACAGAGUGUGUAUCAAUAAUAGUCAAACGAAUGUUUCCCAGUCCCCUUCCUCAUCUAACUUAAUGUACACCCAACAUUUGGUAUCAUUGGCUAAUUCUAAUGCUUCAUCAUAUCAUCUUACUAGUAGUUCUGUCAUCAGUACCCACCCACAGUAUCAUCCUAAUCCUCUCUGCACAGGUUAUCCUCCACCCCCUCCAGUGGCCAACCCCACUCCUCCCAGCUUCCUGGCCAUUAACAGCAUGCCGCACUAGUAGGGGUCCUCCAGCUGUUGACAGGUGAUGGGUGUCCAGAACAUUACCUAGAGCCAUGUUGCAUGCACCAACCAACAGUAACCAUGGCUUGCAACAUUAUAACAGCUUGCUUUUUUAUGAACAAACUUUGAGCUGAAGUAUCAACUUUUCUGAAAUUUUCCCAAUUUGUUUUAGUUUGAUGUUUUUGGAAUUUGCUAUGUUCUUGACCAUUUGAUUUUAGGAUACAGUAUGUGUGAUUGUCAUGCAUUGAAGGAUUUUGAUACAGUACUGAAAUUGUAUUGUGAUAACAUCAUAAAAAGUUAAUCAACCAUGAGCUUGACAAUGAUCAGACAGGAACAAAUUGUCCUGUGAGCUUACUGUAAGAGUUCUUUUAAUCAAACAAUUUUGUAAGAAGUUUGCUUUUCUGAUUUAUUUUUAUUAGAUUUUCAUAUUUUACGAGUUGUUUUACCCUGCUAUGCAGUGGGAUUCACAGAGUCGUGUGGUGGAUGAAAAAAUAAUUUUCAGAGCAGUGAAAUUUGUUAUGUAAAAUAAAAUUGGUCCAGCAAUGGAUGUCUUAAAAGAUUUCCAUUAAACAUUUCAUAACUACAUCAAAUAGGAUUGUUUAAAUCAGUUACAGCUUGUUCCAGUCUUUUAAGGCAUAGAUUGCUGUCUAAAGGUGCUCUCUUUUGAGUGAAUGCCAGUCCCAUCCAUAUUUUCAGAGAAGUGUACUGAUUAAAAUACCAUGGUGAUGGGAUCAUUUUCCUGGUGAUGGGUUGAUAUUGUACAUGUAUGCAAGUUGUAUGUAUUAUUGUGCCUUGUUCACAGGCUAGUAUUUUGUGAAUGUGUUUAUAUAUGCCCAGAUUUAACAAAUUAGCAAAACCUUGCACUUUUUAUAAAAACUAUGCAAAAUAAUGCAGGGAUUUUUAAAAAUAUUUUUAAGCUAGCUAGCUAUGCUUUUGAAAAAUGUUAAUCUCAAAAAUUUCUAUUAAAGCGAAGAACCCUCUGUAUCUAUUAUAUUUUCCAGUUUUGAUUAAAAACUCAAACUUUGUUGCAUUUAUUUUUAGUAAACUUAUUUUUGUAUUUGGAAAAUAAAUUCCUUAAAGAUUUGUACACCAAUGGGGUCAAUGUAUUUCACUGAUGCAUCUGGCUUUCUGUUUACUUAGCAUUUUAUUUCAAGAUUUCUAAUUCUCUUCUCAUUGGUGCUAUUUUUCUAAGCAAUUGCUUUAUUAUCAUAUAUUUGAAAUAUAGAUAUGUAUCUCGUUGUAAAAUGGAUAAAGCUAGACUAGAAAUGUUUUUGAAUAAACUGCAAAAUUACAGCAUAUCUGGGAUCUCAAAUAGUGCCAGCUAUGAUUUCUUUGUGAAUGAGAGAUGCUUUUACAGCUUUUUUUUCCUUCAGUUGAGCUGAUCAUUUUUUUACUACUUUGUAAGGCUUUUGCUUGUUUUAGAGUGCUGCUCUCCUGUUGUGGAUCAAACCACUGCAUUGAUGUACUUAAUCGUUAGGUUGAGAUGUUUGUUUUGCCUUCACAGUUAUGUUUUUGUGAUUAGAGUUUUGAUAAGGUAGAUAUUCUACAUGUAUUCCUUUUUGAAUUCUUGGACGUAUACAUGAAUUUUUUUUAUAGUUUAUAGAAUGUUGAUGUCUUGAAACGAAGUUAAUUACAGUAAAUCAGAGUGAUAAACAUUUCCAUAUCUUUGUGAUAUCUUCUGACUAGUAACCAAUAUAUUUGAGAAACUUUUUUUUAAAAUUUAAACUUGAACAGCAACAGUGUUUAGCAACCAUAUACUUCAAGGAUCUAGAUUUUGCUGUAUGUUUAAAUCUUUAAUUUAAAAAGAUAAUAUAGAUUAUGUAAUCUGUAUGCCACAUUUAUUUUAGAUUAAAUGCUUGUUUAAAAGUGGAACACGUGAAUAUUCUCUGAAAAUUUAACUAGAUUUUAUUUUUUAGAACAGCAAACAACCAUUUUGAAUACUAACGUUUGUCAAAUACGUGAAGCUGUGUCCCAUUUCUUUAGGGAUUUUCUAAUGUCUGUUUGUACAUAUUUGAAAUUAUAGAGUAUCCAGGAAUUUUACAAGUAAUAUCUGGGGUGAUUUUUAUUGAUGUGUUAGCUGAAAUCCCCUGUGUAUUGCGUAUGUCUUAAAAGAGGAACGCUGACAUGUUUCUCGCAUUUUAACGUUUGAUAAGAUUUUACCUACCAACCCCAUUUUACUUUUAAUGGGAAAUUUGCUAAAAUUUUGUGAUUGUUUUUGUUAAUAGUUCUAUAGAGUUGAGUUUUCUGGGCUAUGCAAGGAUUGUAUGAAAGUUUACAGUGUUCCUUCGAAGUUUGAUGAGACGACGCCAGUGCAUCGUUUUCUGAAGAACUGCUAAUACUAAAGCGUGGCCUUUUCUCUUUUGGAUACUGUGAACAUUAUUUACAGUUCUAACAAGAUGUAAAUUUAUUUAAAGCAAAGUUGUUUAUUCAUUGUUAUUUCUUUAAUAAAAUUUAGUGUUUUUGAA